CUUCUUUUUCAGCAUACAUAUAUCGAUAUUAACAUAAAACAUUGUCGUCGUAACUGCCUUUUUAAGAAAAUUUUAUCACAUAUCUACAGGAAUGAACGAGGAAAUUUAUUAUAUUGGUCACAUGGAAGCUAUUAUGCCUUUGUUGUCUUUGAAAGAUAAUGCAAUUAUUUUCAUACCAAUUAUUUGAGUAUCGCGGUCAGUAUAGUUCAGUAUAUUGCAUCUAAGUGAAAGCAGACUCCUUGAAAACAGCUCCUCGCCUAAUCUUGAGUAGAAUUUACUUUCAGUAGCCCUAAGUCUCGAAAAGUGAGAUUCCUGUCUCCAAAAAAAGCUGAUCUGAGGAGAUAAACCAUUUGUGGUUGUUUUUUUGCGUGACAAAAUAUUAGAUGUAACAAAGCCAUCUUUAACUGCUGUCAUGUACCAUGUUUUAAUUGGCUGUCCAAGAAAAUGCGCGAGUUUUCAUUGGACGGAUCAUUGCACAACCUUCUUUGUCUUCGGUAAAAGAACAAGUCGAGUAAUUGAUCGGUAGAUUUGUAAUCUUCUGUCCGGCAGUCAUGAGUUUGAUUUCGUCGUUAGGUUUUAUUGGCGGGGGCAAGGCCGCACAAGUUCUUGCUAAAGGAUUUUUAUCCGCCGGGAUAAUCAAAGCAAACGAAAUUUUUGCCAGCGCUCCGUCAGAAAGAGACUUGAACCAGUUUCGUUCAAUGGGCUGUAACGUGACUAACGACAACAAAAUUAUCAUGAAAGAAAGUAACUUCGUUUUCCUCGCGAUAAAAGCCAAAGUUUUCCCUGAAGUUUUAAAGGAAAUUUCUCCUGUGGUAACAAGAAAUCAUAUGGUAGCAUCAAUAGCGGCUGGAGUGACUUUGGAUUAUCUGCAAAAUUACUUGCCCGGCCGAAGUCGCGUGGUUCGUAUGAUGCUAAACACUCCAGUGCAAUUUCGCGAGGGAGUCACGGCUGUAACAUUCGGAAAAUUUGCUCGGGAUGAUGAUUACACGUUUGUUCAUCAGCUGAUGUCCUCUGUGGGAUAUUGCUUUGAUGUGGAGGAAGAACUAAUGGAUGUGAUGACUGCGUUAACUGGUGGUGGACCUGCUUACCUGUACCUCGCGAUCGAAGCUCUCGCGGAUGGCGCUGUGAGAGCUGGAUUGAAUCGCCAAGAGGCCAUGAAAUUAGCGGCGAAAACGUGUGCUGGAGCGGCUAAAAUGGUGUUAGAAAGUGGACAACAUCCUGGGGAACUUAAAGAUGCCGUCUGUUCCGCCGGGGGGUCAACAAUCGCAGGGAUAAAUGCCCUUGAGGAGUGUGGUUUUCGAGGAGCUCUGAUGAAGGCUGUUAACGCCGCCACAGAACGAGCGAAAGAGCUUGGCAAAAACGGGACACGGUGAACAACGACAAAAUAGAGAAUACAGAGGAACCCUUAUUUUAGUUUCAGUGUAGUCUUAGAAAGAGAUUAAUUGUAAUCAAAGUUAUAUUGAUCACAAAAAUUAUAUUUUUUUGUUUAGAUUCCUCGACUCCUAACAUGCCACGUGGCUUCCGUUUGAAUCCAAGGUUACGUCAGACUUUGGCGCCAAUUUUAGUACAAUGCGAUAAAUAUUUACCAUAUUGACCUUCAGGUGUCUAAUCACCCAAAACAAUAGCUUUAUUUAUUUUAGAGAAGAAGGCAUGUUAUGUUUCAUCCACGCCCAGAACAAAUGUGUAACUCAAUAUCCAACUGUAUAUUUGCAACAUCCGACUUUGCAGUUAUGAACACCAACAACUGUAAACAGUAAAGUGGGAUGUCAAGUCACAAAUCUUGAAGUUGGUAACAUUAGCAUGGGAUUUUGAGUCACCCAGUCUAUAAAGUUCGUCAUAUGUUAAUAAUGUAUGCCAGGUUAAAAAUGUUUUUUUGACUGUCAUAUUGGAUGCCGAGGUUCCAACUGAAAAUCAUAAUAUUUAUGCCUUCAAGUUAUGAUUCUUAUCUCCUACAUGUAACUUAUUACUAUGAAAAAAAAGUUGACACAAUAACAUAUCCAGCAUUUGGAUUACAAAAAUAUCAGCUCAUUUUACCAUCAGGGUAGGUAAUUUGCUGGGUUUUUUUUUUUUCCACAAAAUAAAUCUCAGAGUUGCAUUGCUGGUCAUCUAGAUCAACCCUUUGGAUUAGCUAGCAUAAGAAUAGUUCUAUUAUUUUAUUUAUUUUAACGGGGUAGUACUUCUUAUCAAGAUUAUGCCUUGUAGCCCCAAUCGUGUCAAAGUCUGUUGGAAUAUCAUAGAGAAGUUACUUUUUUUGUGUGUUUUCAAAUGUUGUUCUCCUGCAUCUAGUUGCUGAAUGGUAGACAAUAAUAUUUAAGCUAACUCUUUGUCUUAGACAUGUUUAAACAUUAAAGAAAUAUAGUGGAACCCUUAUUAAGCAGCCACCCCUUAUUUAGCAGCCACCCCCUAUUAAGCAGUCCAGAAAUUAUUGUCCGUAAAAUACUGUAAAUAAAAGCCCUACCACUAUUAAGCGGCCGUGGCCACCUUUUGGACAUCAUGAUGGGGGUUUUCCAUUGUCUUUAUCUUUAUUAAAUGCCCACUCAAAAUUUAAAUAGACACAUAAAUUAACUUUUUUUUGGAAGAGGCAAUGGCAGAUAAGAGUCCAAAAUAGAAGGUGAAAAGUGAUAAAAACAUUCAAACACACGUUUAUCAUGACUGACUUGAAGUGACUCCAUGUUCACUACGAAAUUAACCCAAUGGUGAAAAUACUAAAAUGUAAACAAACCCCUAUCAAGCAGCCAAGCCCUAAUUAAGCAGUCACCUCCCAUUUCCACUAGGGUGGCUGCUUAAUAGGGGUUCGACUGUGCUCGCAUUCCCAUAUAAGCACAAUAAUGCCCUGCAAGUGCGUCCAAUAUAUUAAAUGAAUUUUAUAACAGGAACCAGUAUAGUCAGUGUACAAAAUGGAGGACCUUACUGAUUAUACUCAGUGCUUGUCAAAUUGAAAAUAAGUUAAAUUUCAAUUUAUUGUUUAUUGUGGGAGGCAUUGAGGCCCAAAGCUUAGUGUCCUGGCCUUUGGCUUCAAGCCCUGGCUGCAUCACUGUGUUGUGUUCUAGGAUAACACUUCCUCUCACUGCUCUUUGCUCUCCACCUAGUCGUAUAAAUGGCAGAGUUUAAACCAGACAAAAAAAAAAUUCAAAGGCAAUAUCAGAAAAAUAACUUCUCUUAUACACUGUUUUGUAUUUAUUCAUUUUCUUAAAUGCAUAUCCUUUACAGGAAUCUGAAAUAAAUAAAUUCACAAUUUUUUCUGAGGCAAGAACCUAAGUUUGUCUGGUACCGGCUGGUAUACAGUACAGUCGAAAUGAGAAAAAUAAGAUGGACUAACUUCCAAUCCAGGGAGAUUAGAAAUAACUCCUUGUCAUUUCAAUCACUGGUUAGUUAUUUUUUUCUACUGGCCUUGAUUCAUUUCUCUUGCUCUUAUUGGGGGGAAAUGUGCAGUUUGCUUCAUUAUACAUGUAAUGAUAUAAUAUGAGAACAAACUAAAUCCCAAUCACUCUCGACAUUUAGUAUUUAACAGGUUAACUACAUUAGUGACACUUUUACAGUUAAUCAGUCCAAAACUUGUGACUUCAUCUCAUCUGAUUGAUAUACUGAACUAGAAAAACAUUUCUGGGCAGUGAUCAUAAUACACAAAUUAAAAUUUGCUGAAAUACAUUUUCAAAAUGGUCACUGUGAAUUUCAACAUUCCACACUUAGGCUAAACUUUCAUGGAAAUCUCAUGUAUAAGUACUGCUUUUUUCUGCUAAUAUUCUACACUACCCAAAUGAGCAGUAACUCCAAACUAGACCAAGUAAUUGACACUUACAUUAACUAUUCACUUGCGAUAAACAUAAUCUUGAUAUUAUAUUUUACCAGAUUUCUUUUUUGCACACUUUGAAAACCCAAAUACACAGUAAUAAACUAAGCUUGCAGUGCAUUAAUUCAAAAAAAUAUAAGCCACAAUAUUGUGCUUGUGAUAAUUUCCCAGGCCAGGACAAUUUCUUCCAAAAUAUUAUUUUCUUUAAAGCUGCAUUGAAGCUGUAAAUCAUUUAUUUCUUAUUACAAUUCUUGCAUGUUCCCAUGAUAUAAUUUUUUUUUUUUGUUAAGUUUGCCUCGAGCAAAAUGUUAAAUAUCUUGUCCUAAAGAAAGAGAGAUACAGGGAAAGGGACAAACAAUGACACAAAUAAACAAUAUAAAAUAAUUUACAAAGACUACGAGUUGACUGUGGAUGUACUUCACAAGUCUGCUUUGGUUUGAAUUUGUUAACUUUGAUGACUUAAUUAGUUUUUGCACAUUGGUGCUCUUUCAAAUCAGACUAAACCUGUUCUCUCCACCAUUAAGGAGAAAAUUAAUUAAAAAUAAUUGACUGGAUUACAUUGUGCUUUCAAGUGCUUGGCACUUCAAUAAUACUAAGCUAAAAUCUAAAUAUAAAACAAUAAUUGGAAACCACUGUUAAGAAGUGUAUG